AUGGGUGUUCCGCUGCCCCAACGACUUCUGGAGCGGUACAAGAAGCUGGUCGUUGCACGCCACGACUACAUGUUGGCACAGGCGCAGAGACUUAAUGAGAUGCAAAAGUAUCAAAAUAGACGCCGCUUUGUCCAAGAGUCGUUUGAAGCUCUGGUGGAUACAUUUUCGGCGCAGACGGAGGAAGGCUUGCGAGUCACCGCCGCUGGAUCCUUUGAGGGCCUGAAAGGCCAGCUCUUGCAGGACUGGCAUGACUUACGGCAGCAAUCCAGCGUCACAGCCGAUAUCGAGCAAGCUGCAAGUUCAAAACAGUACUCUAUAAACGAGGCAGAGCGAAAGUUCAUGCAAUCACUACGAGCGUUUGUAAAGAGAUUACCCCAAGGCGAUAGCUUCGCCGCCGCUCUUGCAGAAAUCGAGCAAGCGAGUGGGAUUGGUAAUCAGUCGACUAAGGCAUCAAAUGAUAUCCCUGAGUUGGUACAGACAUAUUUUGACCGACGAGGUGACAUGGCGCUCAUCAUGGAGCAGAUCGGAGAUUUGGAGCACAUGUACAACGACGAGAAAGGUGCCAGAGACUUUCGCCGAGACCAAGAAGUGGAGCCUCCCACGUCUGAUGAUGAGUUCCACGAAGCAUUCGAGACAGAAUACAACGCUCUCUUGGGCCGGCUGGAAGUUCUGAAAAAAGAUGUGGAAGAUAUGCGGACGCAAUGCAUGGAAAGCGGAAUUGACGUGGAGGCCUACAGAUUCAAGCAAAAUAGAUCUCAAUCGGCCACUUCUUCGUCCUCCUCCUUUGCAUUUGUGGAUGAUGAACAGGGCGAGAUCUUCACUCUGCGGCCUUCGAAUCUGGAAAAUCUGCUUUCGGAUAUGAGGGACGCACCUAUUGGUUUUCUGGGCGAAGGGCAAGGCGCCACGGCUGACAGUGUCCUCGAAUCACAUCCAGAAGCGGACCAAAACAGCGUUGAGCGUUGGCUUACAGGACUAAACGGCAUUUCGACUGAUCCACCUGUGAUAAAUGAUUCUCAGAUCGCCCACGUUGAACCUUUUAGCUUCGCAACGACCAGACAACAAGAGAUUCGGGCAAAGAUCAGGAUUCAGGGAAAACGCAGGCGGUCUGAUUCAGCCAUUUUUGGUGACUUCUUCCAUGAAGCACAGGGAGGAAUUUAA